CGCCACUAGCUGCUUGGUGUCCAUCCUGCACCUCUACUUCUCCUGCUCCCUCGAAUCUUGGCAUGACGAUGCCACUACGAUAUCCUACCACAUCAAGAAGACAACAUAGCAAGAGAGAGACGGACGGCGGCAUAUUAUGAAUGGAAUGCCCUCAAUUCGGCUAGCAUUGGAGUUUUGGAGUUCUUGUUUUCUGUCUCCUUAUGUAUCUGCUUUUCAUCAGACUAGGGGUUGGGGUGGCUUCCUGUCGUUUUAUCCAAUUCACAUGACAUUAUCUGGGUAUAUUGGCUUAUCUCUUACCCCUUCCCUCCUUGAGUCGGAAGGUGGGCGGCGGCGGCGGCUUCUGUUUUGGCUGGCUUACGCUAUGGGAGACAAGGCAGACAUUCGUUCUUAUCGUUAUUCUAUCAUCCUCGGCGGGGUCUUGGUGGUUGCCGGGGCCCGAGACGGCGGCGAAUUCAUUUCUUUUUGAUAAAGAGAGGAGUUGCUUACAACCACUUACGUAUUUUUACUAUUACUACAUUGGGCGGAUCGACUGAUUACUUUUCUGGUUACCACAUAGGAAGAUACCUACCUCGUUGCUGCAUAGUUGGGUAUGUGAGGUUAGGGCUGGCUAAGCCAGGGUUGGUUGAUACUUAUCGGAUGGAUCAGUGGGCAGGC